AUGUUCUUCAGCAGUCCUCUCGAUGAGGACAUGGUGAGCCGCGUGGAGCAGGACGAGGACGAGGAGCGCAUCGCCGAGCGCGCCAUCGAGGCCAACGGCGGCAUCCUGCAGAAGGUCUUCCCCGUCUGGUCGCAGGCUGCCCGGGAUCGCAUCGCCGAACGCGGAUCGCUGAGCCCCGACGUCCUCCUCGUCGCCGCCGGGGAUUUCGCUUGCGAUCUCGUGCACGACGGCGUCGCCGCGGGAGGCAUCUCGCUGAACCCUCUCGGCGCCCUCGCCGUCGCGGGCGUCACCGCCAAGGGCCUCACCCUCGAUCCGUCCGCGGACGACGACGCGUGCGUCGUCCACGACCUCGGCGGCGGCGUCGCCGUCGCCGCCGCUCGCUACCGGAUCCCCGUCGAGUCGGCGCGGGAGUGGGCCGCCGCCCUCGUGAACGCGGUCAAACCCGGGCGAGUCGUGGUCCUGUGCGCGGUGGACGAGCACGACGUCGGGUACGGCGUCGACGGGUACAGGGGUUCGUUCGUCCUCGACACCGCCGCGCAACGAUCGGGGAUGCACUCGCUGCGUAUACUCGACGACGAGACGAUCCCGCCGGCGAGGACGCUGCCCGCGGGCGCGCUCCUCGAGGGCGUCCCCGCGGCGGUCGCGGCGCGCUGCGAGAUGCUCGGGAUCCCCGCUCGGGUCGUCGCGGUCCCGGCGCCGACCGGCACGGCGGGCGCGCGCGGGUUCGGCGACGGACGGUCAAACACGGCUGUGCACGGACCGGGGGCGCGAAGGAUCGGAGUCGGGCCGGGCUUCGGCGGCGGCGUCGACGGCGUCGCCGCGUCGCACGCGGUGCAACUGACGCAGAGGGCGUGCGGGAUCGAUUUCGGGGUGUUUGGGGGGGUGGGCGCGUCGUCGAAGAAGCCGACGUCGGCGGUGGUGGACGACGGCAUGCGGGUGUACACGUGA